CAGGGGUGGACUGACCAUUUGGAAACUCGGGCACUGCCCGAGGGCCCGGGGUCAGUAGGGGGCCCCAUGAGAUGCCCCUGGUACCUCUUUCAUAGGCUUUUUUGAGUUUGGGCAAGGACACAGGGGCCCCAUGAUCCCCUAUUGCCCGGGGGCCCCAUGAGUUGUCAGUCCGCCCCUGCACAACACCCUCUUCUGUUUACAUCCUCCAGGAGGAAAUCUUCUUCCAUGAUGCCAAUGCCUAUGCAGUGGACCCUCAAAGACUUGAAUGGCAUGCAUUUUUGGGUGUGGUUUGAGUGUGGGCGUGGACACAGGGGCCCCAUGAUCCCCUAUUGCCCGGGGGCCCCA